AUGUCGAAAGGGCUGGCAGCCAUCGAGUGUAAAUACAAGAAGCUUUUCGUGGGGCUGCGUCUGGAGGCCAGCUACCCUUCUCUGCGACUGGCGAGUUCCAUGCAGGCCGAGUUUGCACAGACGUUGCAGACACAGCUGGAAUCCCUGAAGGUGGGGAUUCUGGUCCUCAUGACGCAUGCGCAAGAAUCCGGCCGUUCAGGGACCGGACCUUGCAUCACCGUCCCGGCGGCGCUGCUCUCCAGGCCGGGCGUUGAAGAAAGUCCGGACACUGCCCAAAUACCGGAUCUGGAGACCUCCGCCCGACUCCUGUCCCUCUUCAAUUCAACCACGACAAGAACUCUCCUCUCGACAACUCUAGCGGCGAUCAGGUACAGUUCCAAGACUCUCUUUUCCCGGGAAGGAACGCCGUUCGGCAAGCCCUGCCAGGAGGGCAACAAGACCAGCUACUUGGAGACGUGCAAGAGGAGCAGCUGGAAGGAGAUGACUGCCAUGGGUCUCUUCAAGGACAUUAUGAGCCCCUGGCAGUCUUGGGCAAACACGUUGCUCUCCUACGACAACAAGAUGUCACUCGGGAACAAGGUGAAGAGGUGUCUGGACAUUCUGCUCAAGAAGGGCAGCUCAGGCAUCGGCUGGGCCUUGUUCGACAUUCAGCAGGAAGUGUUCAGGGCCGGCGACUGCGAGCUGAAAACGGCCGGGUUGGGUGACCACGACCGCAUCAAGCUGGUGCGGACCAUCCUGGACGACUACGCACAGUGA